UUCUACCUUUCUCCAUUCACUUGGAAAACACAAAAGCUCAAAACUUUCCCCAUCAUUCCACAAACCCUCCACAUUCUGAAAUCUCUCAUCAACAAAUCCAUGGAAAUGGAUCCUUCUCAUCAACAACAACACCAUCAGCUCCAUCAUGUUAUGAUCAGCAGCAAGUACAAGUACAACAACUUGUUGAAAAGGAGCUUACAGCUCCUGAUAACAUUCUCCCUCUUCUCUCUGCUCAUUUCCUUCUCUUGGGGCUUCUCCUUCCUUCCGUUAGCAACAGCUUCUUCUUCUUCCUCCUCCUCUUCUGCUGCAGCAGCCAAUACUGCUCAUAGUAGUAGCUAUGUUUCAUUCAAUCCAUUCUUCUCCUCAUUCUUCACACACAGUUUGGAGAGGAAGUAUAUGUUCUUGAUAUGCAAUGGCAUCCUUGCUUUCCUUGUUACCUCCUCCACUGCCACUAAGAAAGCCAGCCAUUCUUCUUCAUCAGCUUCUGAUGAUCAUGAUCAUGAGGAUAUUGUACUGGAUUCAACAGCAGCCACGGAUAAUCUGGUGGAAGAGGAAGAAGUAAGAAAUGAGGAUGGUGGCGAAGAUGAUGAUGAAGAGGUGGAUAAGGUUGAGGAUGGAGAUCUCAAUGAUCAAUUCCGGCAACAAGAAGAGGUGAGAAGGGAAAUAGUCGAAGAAGAACAAGAACAAGAAGAGGAAGAACAUGAAGAUGAAGAAGGAUUGGUAUUUAAGGAGGGAGGGAAUGGCGAAGAGACUACGGGAUCCAACACAGAGGAAUUAAACAGGAGGAUUGAGGAGUUCAUUAGGAAGAUGAAGGAAGAGAUGAGGAUUGAAUCCCAACAGCAACUCGUAGCAGCUGUUUAGCUAAAUUAAGUGUAAAACCAUGCUGUAAUGAAAGUAGAUAGUUAACCUCAUCAUCAUCAUAUGAUUGAGUUGGAGUUAGUUUGAGACUUUUAGUGUACUCAAUGUGGAAUAAUCAUCAUUAAUAUGAUCAUCAUGAACAAAUAUCGAACUUCAAUCUGUUUCUUAUUAUCUUUUCCCUGUUAUACAAGAAAGGUACAUCUCAACAAACUCUAUGGGAUGGUCUCAUUCUAUAUAGAUUUGAUGGUCCUGAAGAAGAUGCUACGGAGCUUUCUCUGGUCCUGUAAUUUUUAUGUUCUUUAUCUUGCUUUUGAGAAAAAGGGAAUAUGGAUAAAGGAUGGAGAUGGUGAUGGUGAUGAAAGAGAUUCAGGCUUGCAGCUUUUUUUAUUUUUGGUGGAACAUGUUAUGAUGAUCCUGGAAAAUGCUAGAGAAAGCCAGGAAUCUGCCCAUAUGUAGGUGCCAUGCUAUGUAAAUACGCUAUUAUCCUGUAGAUUUUAUUCCAAUUAGAAUAAUCUAGUCCAAAGUCAAAUGCUAAUGAUAAAGAACUAAUUAUUUAACUAAUCAAGCACAACACUCCAAACUUUAUGAUUGGAAAGAGUGGCACUGAUCACCCUUCAGUACUUAAAACCAGAUUCUGAUACAAAGAAUCCCAAUAUUAAAAAUAUGUAAUAUGG